UCCGUUAACAACUUUUCUCAACAAAACAGACUUCAUUUGUUCAGGCAAUGAAACCUCUCUGUAUUCACCCAAAAAAGAAACCUCUCUGCCCAAUAGAAUAGUUCUUUACAACACUGAAAACAGUAUACUACACUCUCAAAUUCAGUGGGAGUUUCAAAUACCAAUCCCCAGAUGGGUUUAGCAUUAGUGCCAAUGUCACGGCCUCUGAUUCUAUUCAUGCAUGUUGUUGUUAUGGUUCUCAUGUGUUUCGGUUCAGGCUCUCCUCAUGUUCAUGUUGCAGGCUCUGUGCAUAUCGGGAAUGAGACUGACCGGCUAGCACUGCUCGCGUUCAAGGCUGAAAUAACCAGUGAUCCCACUGGGACUCUGCACUCAUGGAAUGAAUCAAUUCACUUCUGUCAAUGGGUUGGCGUAACAUGUGGCCACCGGCACCAGAGGGUCACUGUGUUGAACCUAACUCACCUACAAUUGACAGGGUCAAUUUCGCCUCACAUUGGAAAUCUGAGCUUUCUUGGGCAACUAGGAUUGUAUAAUAAUAGCUUGAGUCAGAAAAUCCCACCUGAACUCGGUCGUUUGCGUAGGCUGCAGUUAAUGUCAUUAUAUAAUAAUUCACUUAGUGGUGAAAUUCCCGCCAAUAUAUCUGGUUGCUCUGACCUCGUUUCCCUUUCAUUUUCUGGUAAUAGAUUGGGAGGGAAAGUUCCUGCCGAGCUUGGUACCCUCUCUAAGCUCAAGAGGUUGUAUAUUCGCAACAACAAUAUAAUAGGAGGAAUCCCUUCUUCUUUUGGGAAUCUAUCUUCUCUAACUUUAUUCCAUGCAGCUCAUAAUAAUAUUAGUGGGAAUAUACCUGAAGCCCUAGGUCGAUUGACAAACUUGAACCUUCUUGCAUUGGAGGUGAACAAGUUGGUCGGUUUUAUUCCUUCUUCAUUCUAUAAUCUCUCUUCUAUCACAUCUUUGAAUAUAGCAAUGAACCAAAUUCAAGGAAGCCUUCCUUCAGACCUUGGAAUUGCUUUCCCUAAUCUUCAAUGGCUUGAAGUUGGAAUGAAUUUGCUUACUGGAUCCAUUCCUAUUUCAAUAUCUAAUGCCACCAAGCUAUAUCUCCUUGACUUUGAAGCCAAUAAAUUUAUUGGAAGAGUGCCUCCUUUGGGAAACAUGCACGAUCUUGAGUGGUUAGACUUUCAAGUGAAUCAUCUCGGAGUUGGGGAAGGUGAUGAUGACUUCAGGUUUCUCCACUCGUUGGCCAAUGCCACCAAGUUACGCUUUCUAGACCUGAGCGACAACAACUUUGGAGGGGUGUUGCCUGAAUCAAUAAGCAAUUUGUCUACUAAUCUUGGUCAACUACACUUGCAGGGCAAUAAAAUAGUUGGGAGCAUCCCAACCGGAAUAGUGAAGUUAGUCAAUUUGCAGCUUCUUGACAUGUCGAACAACCAUUUCACAGGUAACAUUCUUGCUGAUAUUGGGAAGCUUCAAAAUCUGCGGAUUCUUGAACUUCAGGGUAAUAAAUUCAAUGGGGAAAUCCCAUCGUCUCUGGAAAAUUUGACAUUAUUAACCACUCUUUAUCUAGAGGAAAAUAAUUUCCAAGGCAACAUCUCUUCAAGUCUGGGAAAAUGCCCACUUGUACAACUCAAUCUUGGUAGAAACAAUCUUGCCGGUACCAUACCCAAAGAAGUUUUAAGUCUCUCAUCAUUAUUGUACAUGAACCUAUCUCAAAACCAUUUAGUUGGGUCCCUGCAAUUGGAAAUUGGAAUUUUAAUAAAUCUUGAACAACUAGAUGUUUCUGGGAACAUGUUGUCUGGUAAAAUUCCAAGCACUCUUGGUAGCUGUGUAAAAUUGAGAUUAGUAUACAUACAAAGCAACAAUUUUUGGGGAACUCUUCCUCAAUCUUUAAGUUAUUUGAGAGGUCUUGAGGAAUUAGAUCUUUCUCACAAUAAUCUCUCAGGAAAAAUCCCAGACUAUUUGGAGGCCUUUCUCUUCUUACAAAAAUUAAAUCUAUCAUUCAAUGAUUUUGAGGGUGUAGUACCGAAAAGUGGCAUAUUUCAGAACAUAACUGCUAUUUCUGUUAAAGGAAAUGACAAGCUUUGUGGGGGUAUACCAGAAUUAGAGUUGCAUAGCUGCAACUCCAAGGUGUUCAAAAGGAAAGGAUUUACUCUCACAUUGACACUAAUAAUCUCCACAUCAGUUGGGCUUCUAGGACUAAUUCUGAUGUUGUGUUUCCUAUAUCUCUGUUGGUCUAGAAAUACAACAAAAGUACCUUAUUUCAGAUUUUCUGGGAACUCAUUUUUGAAAUUGUCCUACCAAAAUCUACUUGAAGCUACUGAUGGGUUCUCUCUAGCCAAUUUGGUUGGCGUGGGUAGUUUUGGUUCAGUGUACAAAGGAAUUCUUGAUCAAGGUGAAAAAGUUGUAGCAGUGAAGGUACUAAACCUUUUAUUUCAUGGAGCUUCCAAGAGUUUCAUUGCUGAAUGUGAGGCCUUGAGGCGCAUUAAACAUCGAAAUCUUGUCAAGGUUGUCACAGCAUGUUCAAGUGUUGACUACAAUGGUAAUGAUUUCAAAGCUCUAGUUUAUGAGUUCAUGGACAAUGGGAGCCUAGAGGAGUGGUUGCAUCCAAAUGAGAACAAAGAUGAUGCGCAUGCUGAGUCAAGAAAUUUAAACCUCCUACAAAGGUUAAAUAUUGCCAUUGAUGUUGCUUCUGCACUUGAUUAUCUUCACAAUCAUUGCCUGGAACCAAUAGUUCAUUGUGAUUUGAAGCCAAGUAAUGUUCUUCUGAACAAUGAAAUGAUUGGCCAUGUAGGUGAUUUUGGGUUAGCAAGAUUCGUUCCAGAAGCUACCUAUGACUGUUCAGUAAAUCAAUCAAGUUCUGUUGGCAUAAGAGGAUCUGUUGGUUAUGCUGCUCCAGAGUAUGGUAUGGGAAAUGAGGUGACAACAUCUGGUGACGUGUAUAGUUAUGGUAUCCUUUUAUUGGAAAUGUUUACGGGGAAGAAACCUACCGAUAACAUGUUUAAUGAUAGUUUGAAUCUUCACAACUUUGUUAAGAUGGUUUUACCUGAAGAAGUAGUGAGCAUUGUUGAUCCAACACUAGUUCAACAAAGAGAAAAGGGGAAGGCAAGCUCAAACACCAACAACAUUCAGAAUCAGAGCUCUGCUGACACUCGAAAAAUUCAGGAGUGCUUGAUUUCAAUACUUAAUAUUGGAAUUGCCUGUUCACAAGAAUUACCAGGAGAUCGACUGACCAUUAAUCGUGUUGUUACUCAACUGCAUGUGAUCAAGAACAACCUUCUUGGAACUGAUGGUCUUCAUGGAGGCAGAAGAGCUAAGAUUGCAGUGUGAUCAUGAGUAGGUGCUUGAGUUUUGAUUGGACUUGAAGAAUAUCGACUCAACAACUAAGCGACACUGCAAAUUAUUAAAUGCAACUUUUCUCAUUUAAAUGUAUUUUAUUUUAAGAAGACUAUGCAUGAUUUGCAAUGGCUAUCCUAUCUUAUAAACUCUAAGAAUAAGCUUAACAUAUAGUUA